CCCUCCGUUUCCGGUGAUUGCUUUGCGGGCUGCGGGUGGUGCGUGCUUGGCGUCCGCGCGUGCGCAGCGGAGAGAUGGAGCCCUAUUCCUGUGACACUUUUGUGGCCUUACCUCCAGCCACAGUUGGUAAUAGGGUCAUUUUUGGGAAAAAUUCAGACAGACUCUUCGACGAAGUACAAGAAGUAAUUUACUUCCCAGCUGCAGUGCACAAUGAUUUAAGCAAACGUCUUAAGUGUACUUACAUAGAAAUUGACCAGGUUCCUGAAACAUAUGCUGUUGUCCUUAGUCGCCCAGCUUGGUUGUGGGGGGCAGAAAUGGGAGCCAAUGAGCAUGGAGUCUGCAUUGGGAAUGAAGCUGUAUGGGGAAGAGAGGCCAUUUCUAAGGAGGAAGCACUUUUGGGCAUGGACCUUGUCAGACUUGGCCUUGAAAGAGCUGAUACAGCUGAAAAAGCUCUCAAUGUCAUUGUCGACUUAUUAGAAAAAUAUGGCCAAGGUGGAAAUUGUGCAGAGGGCGAAGAAUUUAGCUAUUAUAACAGUUUCCUGAUAGCGGAUAGGAAUGAAGCUUGGAUUCUGGAGACAUCAGGGAAGUACUGGGCAGCAGAAAAAGUCCAAGGAGUUCGUAAUAUUUCCAAUCAGCUCUCCAUAACAACCAGGAUCGACCAGGAGCAUCCGGACAUGAGGAACUAUGCUAAGCAGAAAGGCUGGUGGGAUGGCCAGGAGGACUUUGAUUUUGCUGCAGCAUACUCUUAUAUCGACACAGCUUCAAUGAUGACGUCACCAAGCAGAUACUGUCAGGGCUACAAGCUUCUGAAUAAGCACAAAGGAAACAUAACUUUCGAAACAAUGAUGGGGAUUCUUCGAGAUGAACCAAGUGGCAUCAAUAUGAAGGGAGAAUUCCUGAGCACCGCAAGCAUGGUUUCUGUUUUACCUCGAGAUUCCAGCCUGCCUUGUGUUCACUUCUUUACGGGGACUCCACAUCCUGAGAGGUCUAUUUUUAAGCCUUUCAUAUUUGUACCACAUAUUUCACAACUGUUCGAUACGCAGUCACCAACAUUUGAACUUGAAAGGCCCCUGGCAAGGAAGCCAUAUGUCAAGCCUGAUAGAAGACACCCACUCUACCAAAAACAUCAACAGGCCUUGGAAGUGAUAAGUCACAAUAAGGAAAAAAGCAAGACAAUGCUGGACAACAUGAGGAAGCUGGAAAAAGAAGUGUUUGAAGAGAUGGAAUCAGUUCUCCAAAGCAAACAUCUUGACGUGGAUAAAACUGUUAAUCUCUUUUCUCAAUGUGUAAAAGAUGAAAUUAAAAUUUAUCAGUCAAAUAUUAGCUCUUAAUGAUAUAUACGUGGUCAAAAAUCUUCCCCAUUGGGGCUGGAGAGAUGGCUCAGAGGUUAAGAGAAUUGGCUUCACUUCCAAAGGUCCUGAGUUCAAUUCCCAGCAACCACAUGGUGGCUCACAACCAUCUGUAAUGAAAUAUUCUGUCCUCUUCUGGCCUGCAGGGACAUAUGCAGGCAGACCACUGUAUACUUAAUAAAUAAAUAAAUCAUUAAAAAAAAAUCUUCCCCAUUGCCCUGAUAAAUGAUGCAAAGGUACUUUAAGGAGAUCUGAUCUUUUCUUCAUAAUACUAAGUGAUAUUCUGACUGUUAAAAUCACAGUAAUUAGUAUUCAGUUGCAAAAAGCACAAAACAUUAACAUGAUACAUAGGCUAUGUUUAUUAUAUUCUAUAGUGCCCUUCAGUCAUUUUCUCAGUUAAGAAAGCUCGGAGCUUCUUAUUAAGAAAAAAAAAAAAAGCAAUGGAAAGUAUGUCAAAUGAGUUUUUGUGCUUUAGGCAAAUAAUAACCAGCCUUAGAAAAAUUAGAAAACCGUCUUAAGUCUAAUGCCGCAUCCCUUCAGACUGUCUUUUUGUUCUCUGGGUAGUUUUCCUUUCUCAGAAUUCUGUGCAGUUGGAGUCUUACCGCCGUUAGUCUUUUCAGAUUGGCUCCUUCCACACAGCUUUCUCCAUGCCUCUGCUGUAGUAGCUCACUUCUUCUUAGCGUGGAAUCUGCCUUUCUGUGGGUGUGUCACCACUGAAGGGCAUCUUGGUUGUUUCCAGACUUGGGCGAUUGAGAGUAAAGUGUGCAAGUGGCUGUAUAGUUCUGAGUGUUCAGCCCAUUCAGGUUAGGGCCGAGGUAACUGCAGAGCAGUCUUCCAGAUGCUGCCAUUUCCGCCCCCUCGAGCCCAUUGUCCUGCCCCAGCCAGUUGUCAGUGUUUGGGAAUUUGGUCAUUCUAAUAACUGUACAGUUUUUCACUUAUUUAGGUAACAGGGAUUGGUCCUAUGACCUUGUACUUCCUUUUUCAGUUGAAUUUGUAAUUCCAAAUGGUGUAUGAUGCUGAGUUACAUUUCGCAUGCUUAUUUCCAUUUGUACAUUUGAUGGGGUAGCUAGGUCUUGGCCCAUUCUAUAAUCAGAUGCUUCUUAUUUAUUUAUUUUACUUGGGAGUCUACCCUUUUUCUUAGCCUUGAAUUUUUACUUUGAGUGUUUUGUUCCAUGUAUGUCUGUGUACCAGGCACAUGCCUGGUGUCAUCAGAGGGUAUGAGAUCCUCUGCAACUGGAGUUUCAGAUGGCUGUGAGCCGCCAUGUGGGUGCUGGGGACCAAACCCAGGUCCUCUGCAAGAACAACAAGCAACCCUUAACUGCUCAAGUCUAAAACUCUUAAAGCUUGUUGUUCUUAGGGUAAAGCCCCAAUCCUUAACAUAUCUGCCCUUUUUAUAUAUUAUUGCAUGUUUGCUAUUGAUUUUUGUUCCAAAGAUGGUGGUCUUUUCAGGUCCUUACGUGUGCCCAAUUGCACAUUCCUGCCCCAUGGCUGCACCCUCUGCUUGCUCCUCCCAUUUCUGUGAGUAGUUCCCUUCAUCUUUAGAGCUUGCUGACAAAUGAGCUUCUUAGGAUUAUGUUAAUUAAUUAUACAUUAAUUAUAUUAAUCAUUUAAAUUAAUCCAAAUUAAUCAUACAUUUAAUUAUUUCACAGAAAAAGUUCCAUGAAGGCCCACUGUUCAAUAUUAUGUUUGGAUGCUUUGGUAUUAUAUAAUAUUUAUUAAAGGAACAUUCAAAUACUGAAGAGAAGAAUGUAUACAGACCUUUCUACAGAAAUGUAAAGUUAUUUAUCUGUAUAACUUGGUAGCCUCAUAAGUUUGAACCCUAGAAAAAUUCAAGGAUUAUAAGGCUAUGUGAGUUGAUGUCUAGAGAUUGUUAUUGUGUAUAUACAACAAUAUUUGAGAUGUGAGCUCUCAUGUUGGUAACUAAUGCCUUGUGUAUAGUAGAAAUUUUAGUAUUUUCUUAAAUUUCAUCUGUUGUAAGAGUAAAAAUAAUAAAA